AUGUCUGGUACGAACCCUUUCCGCCGUAAGGAUUCUACCAAGCAGCUUUCUACCGAAAGAAAUGCGAAUCCCACGAAUUCUGCCGUCAUUCGACCGGCUACAUACGUUCCCUCUAUAGACACAAACGUACCGAAGACACCCAAAAGCAAGAUUGGCAAGACUGUCCGUAUUAUCUCUCCUCACUCAGCUACCCCGGAUCCGGAACACGAAUCUCCAGUCACCAAUGCUCCACCGCUAAGAAGCUUGUCACCUGCUCCAGAAUUGAUAUCGCGCGAACACGCCCUCGAUGACGACGUGGAUGAUCCGUUCAGGUCCGGUUUAGAUCAGGAGGCUAUUAAUUCGGGACCUGAAGAGUCUCUACCUGAUUCGGUCUUGCAUGUGAAAAACAAUACCGAGAACUAUUCGAGAUCGUCAUCGAAUCCGUUCAAAAAGACAAUUCCAACUGUUGGGCAAGUCGGUGUGAAUGCACCUACGCAACUACAAGCAACGAAUGCUCAAAAGCCACAGUACGGCGUUGAAGAAUUCAAGACUUUGCUAUUGACGGGGGAGAAGACUCUUCCACCGAACAACUCGACUGCUGCGCCGGCUGUCAGCUUUCCAAAUCAGCUGCUAGGUGCGGAUACGAGCAGCAACACAGACACCUCAUCAAUCUCUCGAGUCUCCCUUUUUGAUGCCACUCUUAAACAGCAGUCAGAGUCACCACGAACGUCCCAAGAAAUAUCCCCAUCGGAUGACGAAAGCCAUAUUUCUGCAGCGGCUUCACCAAUGAAAGCAGCGGGAGCGAAACCAUCAGCUCCAAGGCACCGCCAUGGCAAACUUGUAAAAGCAAGUGCACCUGAGACAGUGCCAUUCGAAGACUCUGCAUUUUCACCCACUGACAUCGACCUCAGCUCUGCGUACUCUCAGGAUCAGUUGAUGUUAGACACAUCAAGAUCUAGACACAAUGCAUUGGGCUCGGUCGUAGUUUCUGCGGAAUCAGAUACUACCUCCCAAGGCCCAUCCCAGAAGGAAGCAGGCCAAGCCCAAAGAGAUCCUUUGUCUCACAAGAAAAGCCCACCUGCCCCUCCACCUUCUCGAAGACAUGGCCAACCCCGUCCCAGCUCUUUCGUGCCUGAGGCGGCUCGAUCAUUACCUAUCACGGAAGAGUCACGAUCUGAAGCAGAAGAAGAGAGUCAGUCUCCAGUCAGCAACCUCGGAAAGCCGAGACCGCCACCACCACGGCGAGCACGGUCAGUCAGGCAUGAUUCUUCGUCGUCUAUACCAACUACAGGCUCUUUUACCCCGCUGUCAGAUCAGUCAACACCUACGAGAGCACCUCUGCAAACACCUCCAACGCGCAGUCCCUCAAUCGCUGCAACGCAAAAGCCGGCUCAUCCAUCUCCACAGUCGAGCUCACCGUCAAUGCCUCCUCCCCCACCACCUCGAAGACGAGGAUCUAGUCUAAGUAACUAUACACCUUCCAGACUCAGUGGGGACUACCGUAAUCUACUCAGUCAGAGGCCGAGAGGGGACUCCGGAUCGUCCUCGAUCUCGCAGUUGCAGAUGCCACCCCCUGAGAGUACCUCCGACAAAAAGGAUGUCCUGGCAGAUCUGUCUGCGUUACAGCGAGAAGUGGACGAGCUGAGGGGGAAAAUAAAUCGAUAA